CCAGCAGCAGUCGGGCAGGACGCCGACGCCGCCGCAGCAGUACGGCGCCGCGCCGCUCAAGGCGCACAACGGCCUGCACGCCUCGCCCGCGCACCUCGCCAGCGCCGCCGCGCACGCAUACGCACAGGACGACCGGCAGUCUGCGGGCGGCACGCUGCGCCGACAGCGGCUGGAGAAGAUGGCGGUGCCGCCGCCUGAUGUCACCGUGCUGCACCAGGGGAACUGCAACCAGCACUCUCAAAUGUCACAGACGCCGUCAAUAAAGCAGCCACAAUCUAUCUUAAAAGACCCAUCGCGACACAAGUACACAUCGUACAGUCCCGCGGCGCCGCUCGGCACGCCGCACAGCGCGCCGCACAGCGCGCCGCACGCCUCCAGCCAGAUACUGACAGUGCAGACGCUGGACGUGCCGCAGUACGGCACCAUACGGAAAGACAAGAAACAGAACGUCACUAUCGACGAGUCCUACAACAAGAGAACUGAAACACACGUCGUCUAAACUAGGGUUGUAACGGACACCAAUUUAACGGAAGCGGAUGCGGAUUCGGAUGUGGAGGCGAACGGCUUCACCUCUCAAGCGGAAGUUAACGGAAUCGGAAGCGGAGGUCAUAAAAUAUUAAUUGCAAUUUAUUCGUGAAUUAAUUCAAAAUAUUGAUUGGUACAUAAUUAAAAGAUACAGUUUGUUAUACGAGUACAAAUGUAGUAUGACAAUUACAGUUGAUAUGACUCUCGCGCGCAUAAACGGUACCUAAUCGCCCCAUUCGUGAUAAAGACGUAUAUAAACCUCCGUUAUAACUCCGCAUAAGAAAUAUCGGAAGCGGAAACGGAUGCGGAGUUAUCAUUCUUGCGGAAGUGCCUCACUUGCGGAUGCGGAAGCCGAGUUCCGUUACAACCCUAUUCUAGUAAUAAUGUGCGAGAACUAUACGAGUGUACGAGUACAGAGUGUUAUAACUAUAGACGAGUGAAAUGAGUGAAGUGUAAAUAUGUGAACUAGUUAAAAUUUUUAGAUAGAUUUAAAAAUUUCAUUAAAUGUGAUACGAUUAGUAUCGAAGUGCGUGUGAAAUCGAUUUUCGAUUCGAUAGACGUCCAAGACAUGAACGGUUGUUUCGUAUUCGUUAGAGUAACGAGUUUCUUAUCGAUUCCCGCGACGGAUCUCUUUUUUUUUUUAAUUAAGCAUUUCUUUAAGUACUAAUUGUUACGGAUAUUGUCUUUUACAUUUUAUGGGAAAAUUGUAAAUUUUCGCCCCCAGUUUUGAGAAUUGUUCGUAAGGCGUUGAUUCGCAUAUUGUUAUUGAAAUUAAAAAAUAUAUUUUGAAACUUAUUCAAUGUGCAAACCUUGCUUAGGGGGAUAAUCUUUUUAAUUAAGUAAUGUUGAAGCGUCAAUUGUAUUAUUUGUCACAUUGUCAGACAAGAGAAAACAAAACA